GGUUCUUGUCACGGAAUUGACGUGCUGCUGGAUGACAACAGGUGAAUCGGAGUUCAGCGUCAGAAACGGGAGAGGACGGCGGCAGAAAGGUAAACGUUUGAUCACGUUUCCCUUUCGUUAUCGUUCGUCUUUAUCCCAACACAAGGCAGCAGACAAAUCACGUGAUUCUUCGAUCUUUAAUCAGACGACGCUCGCUGCGGCAAUUUGCUCAGGAGCUUCAGUUGAAAAUGUCGACAGACGUCAAGUGGUGCUUGUGAAAACGUGAGGAAGGAAAUGCUUGAAAACAUCCAAGACAACCAUUGCAUCCUCUUCACGCCUGCCGUCUCCUUUAUCUCAUAAGCAGUGUCUCUGCAGCAGAUUUCUACUUCAGUUUGGACAGACCACAGCAGGCAGACAGGGGACAGAUCAAGGUCCACUACAGAAGAAUCGGUGGUCCUGCACAAGUGAUGUCCAACAUAGAACUGCCCGGGAGGCCCCUGCCCUCCUUUGCUAGGACCUUCCAUAAACUGACCUCACCUGUUCUACCUCCCCUGGGAGCUGGAGAGAAGGUCACCAAGCAAGACCCAGUGAAAGAGAAACUCUGGGAAAAGAGGGAUGGAAAUGAAAAGGAAGAUCAGUUUGGACAGGAAAUGUUCAACACAAAGGAGGAGUCCGAUGUGUCUGUGUUUGUGGAGGAAACAAAAGCACAGUUUUCCUCACAGGACAGUUUCUCAGAGGAAACCUCAAUACCCGAGGAGAAGUUGGCAGAGGAGGAAGAAGAGACCAGAAACAAGUGUGAAGAGGAUGAAUCAAUGGCUAAAGAGAGGACACCCCAGAGGCAAGUGCUGGCUAUAGAGGAGCUGGUUCAGUCUGAGAGGAAUUACCUUGGACUGCUGCAACUUAGCACUGUCACCAUCAGGAGCAACCUGCGAAAACUACAGCCACCUCCAGUCAACCUGGACAGCUUGUUUCUGUACAUAGAAGAAGUGAUUGACGUAUCAAGUCGACUCCUCAGCCUUCUGGACCAGAAACAGAUCCAGCCUGGAGACCCUGUCUUCCUGGAGACACUGUGUGAUGCAUUCCUCAGUCUGUCUUCAGACAUCGAGGCAGCCUACAGGGAGUACCUGGCCAACUACAACAACAUCACAGAGCUGGAGAAUAGUUACAAACAGCAGGAGGCGCUUUGGAAUGAGAUUGUCAGAGUCAUCAAGACCUCAGCGCCUGAAGUAAAUGCCACUUCUCUUAGUUUCUUCUUGGUGAUGCCAGUCCAGCGGAUAGCCCGCUAUCCCCUCCUCUUGCAGACCAUCCAGAAACAUACAGACAGAACUCACCCAGCUUAUGCACUCCUGGAGCAGACGGCUCACACCUCCAUUGCCUUGAACUGUCGAAUCAAUGAAUACAAACGCUUCAGAGAAGUUGCUGACAAAUACAAAAAGACAGAAACUCUGUCCAUAAAGGACAAGAUCAACCGCCUCAGCACCCACAGCAUCUUAAAGAAGACAGCAAGGCUCAGCCAGCACAUCAAACAUGAGACUGGCAUAGCACCGAAGCUGGUGGACGAGGAAUUUGAUGCCCUGGAAGGUUUCUUCUAUGUCCUGGAACAUGGGAUCUUGGAGCUCCUUGAGAACGUGGAGACGUUCCUGUACUACCUGCAGGGCUUCCUGUCCUGCAAAACAGAGGAGUUUGAUUUCGAUAUGGAUGGAGAGAAGGCACCUGUUUGCUACAAGGAGAUCACCACCGCUCUCAGACAGUGGAUUCUUCCCACAUUUGUGAGACUACAUGACAUCCCUAUCCACAGACCAGAGAAAAGGAUGAGGGCAUUAAUACACAAGCCACUGUGUGAGCUUCGUGACCUCCUGGUGGGCCCGAGAAACCUGAUCAGGAAAAGGCUGGACAAGCUGCUUGACUACGAACUGAUUUGUGAUAAAUCCAGUCUGAGCUAUGAGGAACAGGCUGUGGCCAACACAUACAGGACAAUGAACACUUUGCUCCUCAACGAGCUUCCUCAGUUUAAUGGUUUGGCUCUGCAGAUCAUCUGGAGCAUGUUGGGGACGUUCAGCUGUCUGCAUAAAGAUCUCGCCUCAGACAUGCAACAACUGUUCCAGAGCUUUGCACAACAGCUGCCUCACAGUGCUCUCAACCCCAGUGCAUUCUGGGGGUGGGUGGAGUCUGCGGUGCUGGAAGGUGUUAGGAGGCUGGAGACUUUGUGUAACAGUGUAGAGGACACACUCAAUGCACCAGUUGUCCAGCCCCUGAGUCCGUCCUCUCAGCGCCGUCUGAAACAGCUAACAGAGAAGCACGGUUCUGCAAAGAUCUACCAGGUAGUGGGGACUGUGGUGGGUAGCCGGGACCUGGACCUGAACCUGGCCAAAGGGGAGCUUGUAGCCAUUGUCAGUGAGGCUGACAGCCGUGGAGACAAACGAAGGUGGCUGGUUGACGCAGGGGGCAGAAGAGGAUACGCUCCUUCCGCGAAGCUGGUUCGAUAUCACCAGCCAGCAGAGGCCCCGCCCCCUUCGCCACAUCUGAGUCUGCCUGAGAGUAUGACAGGAGUCAGAAGGCACUCAUACACUCCGGAAAUCCGCCCACUGACAGUCUUGAGCCGGCCAUGCUUUCAGGUGCUGGUGGCCUAUGACUUCACUGCGAGAGGAAACCAUGAACUUUCUGUUCAGGCCGGUGAGCCAGUUCGAGUCCUGGAGCCUCAUGAUAAACGCGGGAACCCCGAGUGGAGUCUAGUGGAGUCCAGACAUGGACAGAGAGGCUACAUGCCCUCUAACUACCUUACAAUCCUGCCUCUGGGGACGGUGCCAUCUGGUGGACAUCAGCCGUACUGCUAGCAAGAAAGGCAGAAACAGAGUCAGCAUGUACAGUAUAACACUGUGCUGUCUUCAGAAGACUGAAAUCAGUAUUUUUACUUAGCAUGGAUCUACACACUGACUAUCAGCCACUGUGAUUUUCAGUGUCCCAAUCAGUGUUUUAACAGAUAUUACUGCCAUUAAAUACAAUAGUUUGAUGGCCACAGUGUUAAUGCAAUUCUGUUGACCAAUCUUCUUUAUUUUUACAGUAUGAGUCUAAAUUUAUCUUCAUUAUCAACUUUUCCCUAACCCACUUCAUAUGCAAAAUGUCCAAAAUCACAGAUUUGCCCCAGUGAGCUUUAUGAUAGUUACAGCACACAGCAACCUCUGGUCACUGGAUGGAAAGAAAGAAAAAGUGUUGUCAUUAAAACCUUGUAGAAGUUUUUUUGGCCUUCUCUUAGGUCAUUUAUGCACUAAAACCAAUGAAUGUCAUAAUAAUUCAUAAUCUUAUCAGACGUUCUCAGAGGUGACAUAAAGCUCGGAUAAUGCUGUGUACCAGAAAAAUGUCUAUACAACAUGACUGUUGAUUGAUGCACAGUGUGUUUACUUUUUACCGAUAAGUGAUCAUUACCUGCUUCAAACAGCUGAUAACGAUAAGAUAACCUAUAAUUUCACAGUUUUGUAUUUUUAAAAGAAGUUCAAGCACAGCUGAGGGUCAGGAAGACUGAGACGGAUGCUUUAAUAUUCCAUAGAUUUGAUAAGAUUAGUUAUGUUAAAACUUGUUAAAGACUUUUUCCUUUGACUUGUGGAACAUAUUUUGGAAAUUAAAAUCAUGGUUUCUCACUUUGAGACCAUAAAAACCUUACACAACAGCAACAACAUAUUUGGCUCUCUGAGCAACCCGACAACAGCGUGUUGCCCAGUGAUGCUCAGUGGGACACUUCAAGUGAAAACAAUAGACUGCACGGUCACACAGAGAAGUGUGUGUGAGUGUGUGUGUGUGUAUGAGUGUAUGAGUGUGUGAGUCUCUUGCUCAUCAGCUGUCCGUAUCAGAAAGCAGGUUUAGUGAAAACACUAAGUAAAUGAUCAAGAAGAAGAAGAAGAAUCGCUUUAUUUGCAGUAUAUAUAUUUUUACAUACACAUAGUCAUACACACAGUCAUACACACAUACACACACUUUGUCUUCUGCAUUUGUCCCAUCCUUAGUUGAACACACAUGCAACACCCAGCAAAUUACAUGCGUGAAUUGAGGGAAAAUUCUGGGUUAACCGUUUCAGUGAGGAAGUUAACUCAAGCCCAUUUCAGAAAGGAGGUAACUUAUACUCAGAGUAAGUUACCAUGGUAACUUAGUCUGUGAACAUGACCUGGUGGGCAGCAUGUUUUCUUCAGUAACCCCAGAGUUUCUGUCCGUCUCCUGCCCUUUAGAGAGCUGAAUGGCUGCUUCAUGUCCUCAUUCACUCAUUCAGUCACACAAAUUGAUCGAGUAAUUACUGUUAAAAUGUGAUGUCCUGUUAUUGAGGAUCCUGUAGAUGAGGAGGCUGCUUUAGUUUGCAGGAAGUUGUUGCAUUCGUGUCGGGAGAGGAUUUUGAGGCCCAGACUAGACUGUUUGUCUUGUCGUUGUCCAACCUACUGCACAUUGAACUUUUUAUUGUGCUUUUUAUGGAAGAACAUUGCUCUCCGAACUUGCUGCAGCGUCCUGAAACCUCAUUUCUCUCUUGUUAAGUUAAAAAAUGUACCUGUAAACGUGCAUUUUGAAUUUGGAGUCAAGUCUUCCUCUCCAUUAGUUGAUUCUGUGCGUGUGAUUUAAAGCUUAAAAAGUCAUUAAUUGAGAAAAGAUCCUAACGAACAUCAGCAGUCGUUGAUUGGCAAAAAAAACUUUUUGUUGUAACAUGUCAUUGACCAAAGAGACUCAAAAGGACAAAGUGAUGAUGCGGACACAUCACAUUAGAGACAGAACCCUAACUAAUAUUCUGUCAUUUAAAGAUUUGUAUUCAUGUGUAUGUUUGUGAUGCCAACAAAAAUAGAUUAAAUUAAAUGUGAACCUGUACAGCUCAAUAUUAAAACUUUCUGAAGAAUAAUGACGUCUUUUAGAUAUGUCUCCUGUUUAAUACAGAGAUGAAGACAAGUUUGUCUCACAGGGACAGUGUUGGAAUGUGUGUGAGAUAGUAGUUUGUCCACUAGAGGGCAUAAGAGACUUUGACUGGUGUGUGUCUGUGUGUGUGCAUGUGUGACCUCUUGUCAGUCUUACUGUUUGGACAUAAUCCUGUACAUGCUGUUCAUGCUGCUCAGCUUGCAUUAACCAUCAAGUUAAUAAUAAUCUGCUUAUAAUUUAUUGUUUUGCAACAUUGUUGUCAGUCACUGUGCGGCUUCAAUAAAACUCAACAGAAAACCUG